AUGAAAAAUUCAGCUAAUUACGUCGUCGAUUUAGGCGAUAAGUUUCAUUCGACAACCAGGUCCUCCUCACUUUAUCGUUAUUGGCGACAAUUACAUAGACAACAACGGAUAUUUAUCAUUGUUCUUAUUGCAUUAUUGAUAUUUGUUUAUUUUGGCUAUCGAUCUCAUUCGACAGAACCAAUCAGAAAUCUUCCAGAUGAUUUUCAUCUGCAUCGCGAAGAAAUCAAUAAAGACAAGGAAGCUUGGCAACGAAAACGAAUAGAAGAAAAUCAAGCGAAUAAAGUCAAAGUUGAAAAACAAAUCUUCUUCAAUCCAACAAAUGAACGACAGAUAGCAGUGAGAGAUGCUAUGCGACAUGCAUGGAAAGCUUAUCGGACAUAUGCAUGGGGUUACGAUGAAUUACAGCCUCUUUCCAAAACACCAUCAGCAUGGUUUGGAUUAGGUUUAACAAUUGUUGAUGCUAUUGACACAUUGUAUAUUAUGAAUAUGACUGAAGAAUAUCGAGACGCUCGUGAGUGGAUUGAGAAAUCGUUCAAUCUUGAUUCGGACUCGAUUGAUAAAUUUAACUCGCAUUUUGAAAUCACAAUACGCGUUCUCGGUGGUUUACUUAGCAUUUACCAUAUAUCGGGUGAUAAUAUAUUUCUAAAACAAGCGGUUGACUUAGGAGAACGUCUUCUCGUUAAUUUCAACACUCCCACCGGUUUACCAUUAGCUGAGACAAAUCUCAAACGAAAAACUGCCAGUGGCUAUCGGUGGACUUCGGAUUCCGCUCUCUCAGAAGUUGGAACAGUACAAAUCGAGAUGCGCGAUUUAUCCCGAGUUAGUGGUGAUAAAAAAUAUGAAGAUGCAGCUGAUAAAGCGUCUACUGUUCUUCAUAAUCAAUCAAAGAAAGACGGGCUUGUUCCUAUAUUUAUUAAUCCAUUGACUGGUCGUUUUUCAGGUGGAGUAGUUUCUUUCGGCGCACGUGGUGAUUCUUAUUACGAAUAUUUGCUCAAACAAUGGUUACAAACUGGACAACAAAAGGCUAUAUUUUGGGAUGAUUGGAUUGAAAGUAUCGAGGGUGUGCGAAAGCAUCUUUGGCGGUUGGCAUAUCCUGAAAAACUUUAUUUUGUUGGUGAAUUGAUGGGUAUGAGUUCGUUCUCUCCAAAAAUGGAUCAUUUGGUCUGCUUUCUCGGUGGUAAUAUGGCACUUGGAUGGUACUUUAAAAAAGAUUUAACUUUUCUACUCGAUAUGGCGAAAGAUUUAACAAAAACGUGCUAUGAAAUGUAUGCAAAACAAGAAACCGGACUUAGUCCUGAAAUCGCGUAUUUCAAUACAGAUUCUCAAUUGAAUGGACAAACAUUGAGUGUUCGCGAUAACGAUGCACAUAAUCUGUUACGUCCGGAAUUGAUUGAAUCGUUAUAUUAUUUAUAUUUUCUCACGGGUGAUACAAUUUAUCAAGACUGGGGUUGGAAGAUUUUUCAGUCAUUCGAGAAAUAUACUCGACAAACUGAUGGAUACUCAUCGAUCAAUGAUGUUCGACAUAAGGACAAUGUUCGGCCGCGUAAUAAAAUGGAAAGCUUUUUUCUUGCCGAAACAUUGAAAUAUUUAUAUCUACUUUUUGAUAAUAAGAAUCUUUUUCCUUUUGACCAAUGGAUAUUCAACACCGAAGCUCAUCCACUGCCAGUUUACCAGCAUUAA